AAAUAUUUUUAAAAAGGAAAGUCUCCACCAUUUCUUUGUAUUCUUGAUUCUUUGAUGCAAUUCUAUUGUCUUCAAGUUUAAGCAGAUAUCAAUAGUAUAGAAGACUGCAAUUCUUGAAAAGAGGAGGAUAAGUUAGUGGCAAUUUUACCUCAUAUACUAUCUUUUAUGUGUUUUUUUUUACAUAUUGGUGUCAUCAAUUGUUUGAAAUUUUGAAGAGAAAAGGACUAGUUUUCAAAGAGGGGUUGUUAUGAAUUGCCUCAGAUCCAGGGUACUGAAGGUUUUAUGAGAAAAAGGUACUUGCUUUACAGCGAUUUCAUGCGAUUCUUGGAAGUUAGCUUUGCUUUUAACAGGUUAAUUCACAUGACCCUUUUCUUGUUACCUAUCUUUCUUGUGUUUUAAGGAUUAAAGAUUUAUGCCAUGUUUGGAUUUUUGACUCAUUACCUAUUUGGGGUUUUAGUAAUUGUGUGGAUGUAAGGAUCUUUUGUGGCUGUAGUUGCUUGGUGGGUAGAUAAGGAAGAGGGAAAGAAGAAAAAGUUGAAAUUUUUGAAGAGAAAAAAGGUUCUUGCUGUUGUGGCUAUUGUUGUGUUCUAGCUGUAGUUAGUGGUGGGUAGAUAAGGAAGAGGACAAAGAAGAAAAAGCUAAGAUUUUUGAAGGGAAUAAAGGGGUGCUUUCUGUUUUUUUUGUUAAAACAGAUCUGAUUAGCAAUUUCUGUUAAGUAUCUUGAUUAAUGGGGCGUGGCGAAAUGUAAAAGAAUGUUCUUUUACUAGUUGAUUCUCUUAGGCAAUGGAAAAUGGUCUGUUGAAGCUCAUGGUAAGAUUAUUAGUGAUUCUAAAGAGAGGUGGUGAAUUAGUUUAACAAUGAAAGGCACCGUAGUUUUAGAGUGGUUGAUGGUUAGCUUUUACUGCGUUCAGUGUAGUCGUUUCGAUGGAGGAGAUGUAUAUGGUUGCAGUGCCAUUUGUAUUUGGUAGUUUGAUCUGUCACAAACCAAGCAUAGGAAGCCAUAUGGAUGUAACUAAGAUAAAUUCGAUGGAUGAAAAUUCGAUGGAUGAUGUAACGAGCCUGUAUUCUAAUUCCGGGACUAAAACGUUGGCAGACACUGUUUCUGGUGGUAAUGAUGAUUGUAGUUCUGUUGAUUCGGAGAGCGACCUUAGUAUUACAGCAUCAUCUGUGCCUGAAGAGAGCAGAAGUGAAGGGACUAUGUCGCUUGAUGUGAUAUCUGAAAAUGAAAGCAACUGGAUUGGUGGUGAUGCUGUUGUUAGGGAAAGUGAGGAUGAUGAUUCCUUAUCACUGGAGGGUGAUCAGAUUCCCGAUAAUUCGUGUUCCCUGUCAGUGGUGAGCGAUUGUAGUAGUUUAUGCGCUGAUGAUUUUAUAGGCUUUGAGAUAGCGUCUGACAUAGAAGGUCAGGAUUUCGUGGAUUCUCAGAAAAGCAUCAGCCAUGACGAACUUAUUGGUAAGACUGGGGUUUUGGUUGAGUCAGAUGUUGAGGAUACUUUGACUAGACCCGUGGCAGUUCCGGUCAAACUUGAGGAGCAGAUCACUGAUAAAGGUUUGAGUGCAACAGUCAGCCGCAGUGUUUUUGAAGUGGACUACAUACCCCUAUGGGGAUAUACAUCUAUCUGUGGAAGGAGACCAGAAAUGGAAGACGCAUUCGCAACUGUUCCUAGAUUCAUGAAAAUUCCUCUACAGAUGUUAAUUGGUGAUCGCGUGCUUGAUGGACUGUCUAGACGCUUGAGUCAUUUGACGACUCAUUUCUUUGGAGUUUAUGAUGGCCAUGGUGGUUCUCAGGUGGCAAAUUACUGCCGAGACCGGAUUCAUGCUGUAUUGGCUGAGGAGUUGGAAACUUUUAUGAUGAAUCACAGUGAUGAAAGUAUUAGACAAAGUUGCCAAGAGCUCUGGAAUAGAGCCUUUACCAACUGUUUUCUUAAAGUUGAUGCUGAGAUUGGAGGGGGAGCUGGUCACGAGCCUGUUGCUCCAGAAACUGUAGGCUCCACAGCUGUUGUUGCCGUUGUUUGUUCAUCUCAUAUUAUAGUGGCAAACUGUGGUGAUUCAAGGGCUGUUCUGUGUCGUGGGAAGGAACCCAUGGCAUUGUCAGUGGAUCACAAACCAAACCGAGAAGAUGAAUAUAAAAGGAUUGAAGCAGCUGGAGGGAAGGUGAUACAGUGGAAUGGCCAUCGUGUUUUCGGUGUUCUUGCAAUGUCUAGGUCUAUCGGAGAUAAAUACUUGAAGCCUUGGAUAAUUCCAGAUCCAGAAGUAAUGUUCAUACCUCGAACCAAGGAUGACGAAUGCCUUAUUCUUGCGAGUGAUGGUUUAUGGGAUGUCAUGACAAAUGAAGAAGCUUGUGAUAUGGCUCGUAAACGUAUACUCAUGUGGCAUAAAAAGUACGGUGCAACGCUCCCCGUGGAAAGAGGUGAAGGAAUUGAUCCAGCAUCACAGGCAGCAGCAGAAUGCUUGUCGAAUCGAGCUCUUCAGAAGGGCAGCAAGGACAACAUAACAGUGAUUGUGGUGGACUUGAAAGCUCAAAGAAAAUUCAAAACCAAAACUUCAACACAAUUGGCCUCAUAAUCUGCUGUUCCAUUUAUCGAUUUGCAGUAUAGACUGAAGGUGACACACUUUAACUUGGCCUCAACUGGUAACUAAACACUCCAACUUUGAGGAUGCACAUCUAGGCACCUCAACUCGUCUAACCAUGUCAAUUAACCUGUCCAACUUACAAAAUGAUCAUCUAGACACCUCCAAAAUUUAUGUGUCACAUCAACAUCGGUUGUUCACAACAACACAGUGGGGACGAGUUGAGGUGUGUAUUCUCAAAGUUGAAGUGUAUAAUUGUCCGUUGAGGCCAAGGUAAGCCGUCUAUUUAUGUGUUACAUUUUUUUUUUUACCUUGGGAUAAAUAUAAUGGCUAUUAUUGGAGUAGGUUUCUGUAUGUAUUUUAGUACAUGCUCCAUUCUGUAUGUAAUUUUCUUUAUUUAGCUAUUUGAAGUAGCAAAAACUACUACAUUAUAAUCAAAUGUAAUAUGGUCAUUAUGCCUCCAUAGUUAGAAGGCUCUAUGUAGGUAUUUUAAUCUACUGUUUGACAUCA